AUGCCGCCACGGCCCCGUCGGAAGACCGAGCCCGCCGCCGCGGCGACGGACGCCCUGCUUUCCCUACCCACGGAAGUCCUCGACGACAUCCUCGCCCGCGUCGGUCUCCGCGACGCCGUCCGCACGUCGGUGCUCUCCCGCGCCUGGACACGCCGAUGGGAAUUCAUCCCUUCCAUCGACAUCUCCGCGGAGGACGGGGGCAUGUGGAAGGCGCCGAGCGCGGUCGACGGCAUCCUUCUGCGUUUCCCCGGCCGGGUCCGCCGUUUCCACGUCAGCCUCGAAAAGGCAACCUCCUGCCGCGUCAACGACUGGCUCCCCGCUCUCCCGCCGCGGCGUCGAGUCCCUCUCCGUCAAACUGCGGUCGCACAUACAGCUGACUUUAGGCCGCCCAGGCUUCACGAAUCCGUCUUCUACUGCAGCAGCCUCACCGUCCUCAGCCUCUCCACCUGCACAAUGCCAUCUUUCCCCAUGGACUGGGGAUUUCGAACCCUGAGGAGCCUAAUCCUCUCUAACGUGCGGUUUCUAGAGGAGUAUGGGCACGAUCAGCUGCAGGAGAUCAUCGAGACAUGCCCGUUGCUCGAGGACCUAAGACUUGUUAAGGUCGACUUAUACGGAGACAUAGAAUUUGUGAUGCAGGCUCCCAAACUCGGUUCCUAA